AUGGAUAGAGGCCUCUUCCACCACCACAAAAACGACGAGGGGAAGCACUCCGACUACUCGGAAAACACCGGUGGCGGCUAUGGCUCCACUGAAGGACCCCGUUAUGGCUCAGACUACAACACCGGAGGUGGCUAUGGUUCCACCGAAGGUAACCGUUAUGGCUCAGACUACAACACCACCGGUGGCGAAGGCAACCGUUAUGGCUCAGACUACAACACUGCGACCGGUGGUGGCUAUGGUUCAACUGAAGGCAACCGUUAUGCCUCAGACUAUAACACUGCGACCGGUGGUGGCUAUGGUUCCACUGAAGGCAACCGUUAUGGCUCAGACUAUAACUAUAAGGCCCCUGGUGAGGGUGGCUAUGGCUCCACUGGGGGCAACCGUUAUGGCUCAGACUAUAACUAUAAGGCCCCUGGUGAGGGUGGCUAUGGCUCCACUGAGGGCAACCGUUAUGGCUCAGACUAUAAUACUGCGACCGGUGGCGGCUAUGGCUCUACUGAAGGUGACCGUUAUGGGUCAGACUACGACAAAACCGGUGGCGGAGUUGGUGGUUAUGGUCCAUCUGAGACAAAGGGGUAUGGAGGCGAAGGAGGUUACAGAAAGAGUGAUCAAAGUGGUGGGAGUGAAGAGCCACGAAGGGAUUAUGAGAAAGAAGAGAAGCAUCACAAGCAUCUUGAGCAGAUUGGUGGACUUGGAGCUGUUGCUUCUGGUGCUUAUGCUCUGGUAAUAUGA